CCGUUAAAAAGGAGUAUUUCCCCAAGACCUAACCAAACAACUCAUAACUCAACUCAACACAACUCAACACAGGACUCGUAAUAUAACCAGAGUGCCCCAGAAAAGAAGAAAAAGUACACUGAAGAAGCAAAAAGAGCAAUACAUGAGGUCUGGUUAGUGAAGAGACAAGCAGAGGAAGAGGACACAUUAGCAGGGCAGUGACAGGCGGCGAGGUGAGCAGAUUUCAAAGGCAACAAGUAAGUGAGGAAGAUGAUAAGCUUGGACCACCUGCCACCACCACCACCACUAGGGCAAGUUACGGCUUACGAGAAUGACGGCCGCCUCUCUGCCUUCAGUAGGACCGAGGCGCUGCUGGCCGCUAAGAAAUGGCUGAGUGAGGAGCGUUACAUAGAGGUGAUGGUGGGACAGGAGCCGGUGAGAAGUGCCCACAGCAAGCAGGAGGCGCGGGAUGCCUUCUAUGCCCACACUGAGACCCCAUGGCAGCGUAUCAUGUUUGCUUACUAUGAGGACGGGUGGGAGGCGGCGCUGCAGGAGGCAAUGCGGUGUGAGGGUGAGGGCAGACUGCAGCGUACGGUCUCCCUGACAGCCUCGGUGGUGGUUAAAAUCAGCUGUUUUCUCAAGCGCCUUCACUCCCUCCUGCCGUCGCCUGUCAGGGUGCCGGGACACUCUGCAGGGCCUUUGGCUUUUCGAGGGAGCAGCGGCAGCAUCAUGAGUGUGAGCUGGCACCCGCACACCACCACACUCGCUGCCGUGGUUUGCGAUGACACAGUGCGCAUCUUUGUGGCGGGACACAGUGUGGCUCCCUUCCUGAAGCACCGCCACCAGAAGGCCGUUACUCAGGCUGCAUGGAUGCCCUUAUCGGCGGGUGUGCUGGCCAUCGGGUGUGAGAGUGGGGUGCAGCUGUGGGUGCUGGACCCUAACAGUGUGGUGGGGCGGCCGUCAGGGUCCUGUGCCACCCUGCUCACCCACCCUGCCGUCACCCCUGUCACCUCCCUCUCCUGGCAUCCCAAGGGAAAUCUCCUUGCCUGUGUGGGUGGAGGAGGGACGCGGCUGGUGGUGUGGGACGUGUGGAGGGAGGUGGCGGUGGUGGUGCACGGUGGGACGGGGGGGACAGCUACCCAGGUGGUGUGGUCCCCCGAUGGCUCAAGACUCCUGGUGACUUAUGCUGGCAAGAUUAUGAGAGUAUUUGAGACACACACCUGGACCUACGAACAGUGGGGCCUGGAGUCACCUGUGCAGUCAGCCGUGUGGUCAAGCCGGGGUCACGUGCUGCUGUUUGUGACCCAGGGCGACCCGCUGCUAUACCACCUGACCUUCGCACCGGGGGAGGGAGUCGGGGGGUCACAGGUGGCAUCGCAGGUGGCUGAUCUGACCCAGGUGUUUGUGGCGACUCAGGAUGGAGAGGAAGUCAGUGUUGGUGGGGCAGUGCGGCAGCUGGUGUGGGAUCCAAGGAGUGAGAGGCUGGCUGUUGUGUUCCGGGAUACUGAGUGUGUUGCGCUCUUCCACACUCACUCUCACCCGACUCUCCAUCUUGCUCCGGGUGGGUUCAUCCGAGGAGAGGCGUGCCAGGUCCCAGUCAGUGCCACCUUCCAGCAGAACCUGUCCAGUGGUGCUGUGCUGUCUGUGGUGUGGAGCAGUGGACAAGUGACUCAUAUACCAAUGCGUUACUCAUCCCGCGACGACCACACCACCGCCACACCACUACACCACCAUCUUCACCACCACACCUCCCCCCUCACUUCCCUGCCUCACUCUGCCUCCCUCCCUCACUCAGGCUUCUUCUCUGAGAUUACCCUGUCUCCUGUCACCUCCCCCACCUCCCCUAUCACUGCCAGAAUGUUUGCCUCCCCUACCUAACCCAACUAACCUAAGCUGAAUGAUGAGAUAAAUAGAUAGAUAGGUAAGAUAGGGAAAAAUGAUGCUGUGGAAGGUAGAUAGAUAGAUUUUGUAGUGAAGUAGAUUGAUAGAAAGGUAGAUAAAGAAAAGAGUAAGGUUUGAUAGAUAAAUAGAAAGGUUUUUUUUAAUGAAGUUGAUUGAUAAAUAGGUAGAGAAGAGAAUAAAGUUAUGAUUUGAUGUAGAAGAGAUAGAAAAGUUUGUAGUGAAAUAGAUAGAUAGAUAGAUAGAUAGAAAGGUGUGUAUUGAAAUAGAUAGAUAAAUAGAGAAGAGAAUAGGAUAGAUAGGAAAGUUUGUAGUGAAAUAGAUCGAUAAAUAGAGAAGGUAAAGAAGAGAAUAAGGUUUUGAUAAUCUAUAGAAAGGUUUGUAGUUAAAUAGAAUAAUAGAUUGAUAAAAGAAAAGAAUAAAGUUUUGAUAGAUAGAUAGAAAGAUUUUUAAUGAAGUUCAAUGAUAGAUAAAUAUAAAGUAGAUAGAGUAAUAGAUAGAAUGAUAGAUAAGUCAUGGUUAAUAUAUAAAUGAGGAUGCUGUGAUAGAUAGAGGUAGACUGGAAAGUUAUAAAAGUGAGAUUGGAAAGUAGGUAAAUUGAAAAGCUAUGCAGUGAAAUUAACUGACUGGUAGAUAAAUGAGUAGAAAGAAAGCUUAGGGUGAAACAAAGGUGAGAGAAGAUAGGUAGAUAAAGAAAUAAGAAAGAGAAUAGGAAGAUUAAUAGGUAGAUAUGCUAGGUUAGAUAUGUAGAGAGAAAUUACUAGAUAGAUAUUGAUAAAACUGUAAUAGGUAAGUGACUGCUCAAAAAAUAAAUGGAUAGAUGGAUAAAGAAAUAGAUGGAUUUAAAUUUACUAGUGGACUUGUUAUCGAGAGAACUAAUAAGGUCAAGUAGGAAAACAAAGAGAGAUAAAUAGAAUAAGAAUAAGAUAAAGUUUAAAGUUUUUCAAGAACCUCAAUAUUGUGCCUCAUAAACUUGUGGAUUCAUUGUCGAGGAAAGUAAUAAAGUGAAGUCAACUGAAAAACUAAAAUAGAAUGAAUGAGGUUUAAGCUUUCUCAAGAACCUCAAUAUUGUGCCUCACGUUUACUAGUGAAUUAAUUGUUGAGAGAAGUAAUAAAUUCAACUGGAAAAAAAAAUAAGAGACAUAAACAGAAGGAAUAAGAUUAGUUUUAAGUUUCCUCAAGAACCUUAUAUUGCAUUUUCUCAAGAACCUCAGUAUUGUGCCUCACAUUUACUAGUGAAUUAAUUGAUGAGAAAACUAAUAAAGUAAAGUCAGCUGAAAAAAAGAUAGACUGAAUGAAGUUUUAAAUUUUCUCGAGAACCUUACAUUGCAUUUUCUCAAGAACCCUAACAUUUACUAGUCAAUUAAUUGUCGAGAGAACUAAUAAAGUCAACUGGAUAAACAAAGAUAAACAGAAUGAAUAAGAUUAGUUUUGAGUUUUCUCAAGAACCUUACAUUGCAUUUUCUCAAGAACCUCGAUGUUGUUCUUCGGAUAUUCAUUGUCGAGAGAACUAAUAAAGUAAACUCAACUGAAAAACACAAAGAUUGAAUGAAGUUUUAAGUCUCCUCAAGGAUCAUACAUUACAUUUUUUCAAGAACCUCAAUAUUGUGCCUCAGAUAUACUUGUGAUUCACUGUCGAGAAAACUGGAAAAAAAGAAAUGGUCAACUGGAAAAAAGAGAAUGAAUGAGAUUUAGUUUUAAGUUUUCUCAAGAACCUUGCAUUACAUUUUUCUCAAGAACCUCAAUUUUGUACUUCUUUUUCUUUCCUAUAUCCUUUUUUCUACAUACAAGAUGAACAAAAUAAAGAAAAGAUUGUA